GACGAUAUCACUGCACAUCCAAGUGAGCCGUCUUCUGCAAGUUGACUACUAACAACGCGGCUGGUAAUCGCGAUUCCACGUUUCCCCGACACGGAUGAGUUUACAGUAUCGACGGUGGGGAGCGGGAAAUUACGAUCCCAUACUAAUGGAAUUUCUAAUGGACGAUUCAAGAGAUGAUCAAUAUCUUUCAUUCAAAGAGGAACCUUCUGUGGAAGAAUAAUUUCGCCGGUCCCCGAACAUGCUGUUCAGGGACCGAAUGGGGUCAAUGUGCCACAUCAGCGUCCCAGACUCACCUGCGCAGGAAUGUAGAGAUUCUGACGCACCUCUGACGCACGAUAUCACCAUCUUGCUGGUGUAAAUGAGCGCGAUGCACGCGACGCCCUGUGUUAAAUGAUUAGAUUUACAAGAUUAUUCCUUUGCUUCUACAUGCCAAAGAAUAUACUCAAUGUUGAUCGACAAGCCAAGGGCGGAAAACCAAUAGCGUUCGACUUAUGGAGAAUUCGUGUGCACGGCCCUGGCGUCGAGCCUCGCCGAAGAUCAGCGAGUCUUGCCGACGACUUACAAGUCAGGUACGCGGGCUACACUCGUAGCCACGUGAUUGUCGCUCCCUCGCUCGCGCUGCUCGAUCAUCAACUAUCGAUCAUCGCGGUGGUACGGUCGAAUCAGUGCGCGCCGCAUCGCGUCGCGUGAUCAGUGUGUAUUGUGUCGCGCUCGUGUCGUCGAAUAGUCGCGACGCACGUGCGAACAAGUGUGCGCGCUCGCGUCAAAUUCGAACGUGCGCUCUCGUAACGGGUGUGUAUCGCGCAGCGUAGUAAUUAACGAUGAGAGCUAUCCGUGAAGAUCAGACGUAGUGUCUGUGCUCGUCGUGAUUGCGGUUUGUUCGCGAAACGACGAGUUUGACGCGACGUAACUGACGAGCGCUUGAAAGACGACAUGGCAGUGAUCCAUCGCGCAACGUUGUUCAGUGACGAAACGUCGACGGACUCCUCGCGGUUGCAGUUUUGUUGACGUUACGUGACGUCUCAAGCGAGGUCAAGUGGAGCAAUUGAGGCAUUGGGUGCAUGGAAUUUGCGAAAGAUUUCACCGGUCGAACGAAGAGAACAAUGAGUUAUGUGACAAGGAAAGAUAAGAACACUUUAAAAACUGGAACGUGUCAGUGCAGAUCGAAUUGAUAAAAAAAAAAGAAAGAAAAGAACGAGAUGAAUCCCUCGCCCACAGCUAAUCGGAGUUUCCUGCAUAGCCAUAAGGCUGGUCUGAUCUCUGACAAAGUUGUCUACGCUACCCUCGAUAGUUUAGCUCUGAAGCGAACGAGAUUGCCCCUACAGUUGCUUCCCGACGACAAUGUGGAAAAUAUGGAAAAAGCGGACAAUGAUAAGAGAACGGCCGGUGGGAAAACGUCCAAAUACUCGUCCAGCAAGGUGAAAUCCGGGGCGAGUCAGCAAUGGAAAAGUUACUCCAAGUAUCUGAUCUUCUCUUCCGCGAAAUCGGAGAACCAGUCGACUCGUUCCGCCGCGGUACCGAAUUCCGGAACUGGGCGCGAUAUCGAGAACACCGGACGAGAAGAAAUCAGCGCGCAGGCAAAUGCGACAAAGUACAUGGAGAAUUCCGUAGAAAUCGCAACGAAUCGUCCAUCCAUCAAGAAGGAAUCUCGUAUGAAAGACUUUCCAAACGAUGAUAGUCUGAUGCACUCGCAAAUAGAGAAUCGCGAUGAUGCUGGCAUUAUUGAAGAUCAACAUGGGAAAGAAAGAUGCCCCAUUGAUAGGAAAGACUCCAACUCAUCCGGUGAUUACGAGAAGAUGAACAUAAUAGACUGCAAGCUGUCCGAGAGCCUUAAGCCCGAAGUGUCGGAAAGGACCGAACAUGUAACGCGUGUCAACAUCGGGAAAGAUCUCCCGGCUGUGAAGUCGACGUCUGUAAACAACUCAGCAACGGAAGAGGUCACGUACGAAAGCGUGUACGUGAAAUAUUCAAAACAGGACUCGGAAUCGGUUACAAGCGACGAAACGUCGUCGCGGCAGAAGAAAAAGAAGCAGAGGCGCUUCGCCAAGAACGUCCUUCAUUACGUGCCGCAACAUUUGGUGAAUCAGCCGAAGAAAAAGAAAAAGGUGCAGAGGAAGUACGCGCUCAGCGACUCGCUGAGCUCCUUGAGAUCAUUGUACGCGGCAUCCUCGGAGGCUGUCCAGGACUCCUGCAGCAGUCAGUCCAGGGAGGUGACGAUCUCACCGCCGACCAACUUUGUUCACGUGGCGUCCGCCACCAACCCCAACUUAGUUUCGAACGAGAACUCCGUCAAGUCCACUAUCGUGAUUACUCAUCAGCAGAUAUGCGCCACGUUGCCUUUACUCGUUGGAAAGGACGAGCGACGCGUUGGGAAUGAGAACGCCGAGCGAUCCAAGGUCGCUGCAGGAAUGUCUCCUAUGGACGACGCGAACCAACCCGCGGGUGAACCGACCGACGAAAGCGUCGCGGGUAACAACGAGCACACGCAUUACGCCGAGAUAAAGAACGAAUCCCCGAGAGACCAGCAGGUGGCGAAAGUUUUGGAGACCGGCCAGCUGGUGAAAAUCGCGAUCGAGGCCGAUUCGCCGGAAGGUGAGACGUACGAACAGGUCUGCCAGUUCUCCUCCCCCCGGGCACUGCCGCAAGCCAACAGCAGCUUUCUGUGGAGCUGUCACCAGGCCAAGACUUUUCCGAGUGACAAGCAUGACGCUCGCGGAGCCAGCUCUAAGGAAAACGACUCCGAGGAAUACGACGACGUCGGCCCGUCAAACUUCGUCGCUCAAGCGGAAUCCGACUACGACGACGUGGGUCCGCCGGCCUCUCACGAGGUCACCGCCGCCAGUGAGGACUGUGAGGAGAUCUACGACGACGUGAUGCCGCCCGCUUUCAAGCGGGACGUCGUCGACGACUACCUAACUUCCGAGACGGUCGACGAGGUGUUGUCGGAGCGGCGAGCGAAGGGUUACGCCGAUCGUUAUUUUACGACGAACAAUGAAUAUUUUAGCGUGGACGAGGAAGAGCGAGACGAGCUGGGUGUGUACGACGACGUCGGCCUGCCGGCUGAGGAGCGUGUCAAUAGCCUUUACGCCGGCUCCACGCCCGGCUAUAUCUCAGCUAUGACCUCGAUGAACGGCAAGGAAUCCGAGUGGGAGGACGUGGAAGAGGUCUCGAGCGUCUUGCGUUGUCCUUGCCGGGAGAAUGAUCCAUGUGAAAAAGGGAACGAAGGGCAAGCCGGAUCGAGUAAGAAGAAGUUUGCUCAACGGUGGUCGCGGAAGACUCGGAAACAACGAUCCAGAAGGUCUCGCAGGGGCAUCAAGGCGACACGGGCAACCGUGAUUGCCGACAGCGCUUCCGAUGAUAGCACGUACGAGAGCCUGUACUCCUGCCAGCAGGAUGAUCUUAGCACCGACUCGGAAGGGACGAGCGAGGCGAACGAUAAGCAUCCACGACGUCACGCCAGUGAUUGCGUUAUCAACACUUACCUGGAGAGCCCUACGAGACCGACGCCGCCACCACCGCGAGAAGCCAGUUUGACACAGUCUCUCGGCAGAAGGGUCAAAAUGUUGCGCCGAACUUGGAGUAUCACGAAGGGCAGCCUCGGCAGGAUCAAGAGAAGAACGUCCGUGGAGGAGUGCUUCGACGAGAAGGAGCAAUCCGAGCAUCAACAUCAUCACGUCGAUAUCGGGAAGUACUUCAACUUCCGCAGGCGCUUCAGGAAAAACAUCGCCAGUCCGUCUACUUUUUAUAUCGGUGAAAAUGAUAAGAAUGCCGUUUGUGGUGCGACCGAUAAUAACAAUGGGACCGCCAAGGAGGCGAUUUACACCAACAGUCAGUACAUGGGUAGCGGCAGCGACGACUCGUCGACAUCUCCCGUCACCAAUGUCGAUCAUUACAGCGUGCUAGCCGAUCAGGAGCCUCUGUACCAGUUUUAUGCGGCCGCGGUGGCUCGUGUCGCUUUCGAAUCGGAUUCCGAAGGCUAUGAGGAGGUGGAAGAUACGAUGUGGAAGAAAAGUUCCACUACGGCAGAUUUAGCCAGGUCGGGACAGAGAAUGCUCUGGUGUCAUACCCCGCAAGUGAUGCACAGCGGUCUCUUGGAGAAACUGACACCGGAGGAGAAGAAGAUGCAAGAGGCAAAGUUCGAGAUCCUGACUUCCGAGGCGUCGUACUUAAAUUCCUUGCGAGUCCUAGAGAAUGAGUUCCUCAACGACUACGCGCUAACGCACGAGGUCCUUGCGCCGAUCGAGGUGAAUAAGUUGUUCGGCGGGGUGGCGAGCGUGCUGUCAGCGUCGCAAACAUUCCUGGCCGAACUGGAGGCCGUGUGGAGAGAGGACCCGAUGUUACCGGGUCUGUCGGACGUUUUGUUAAAGCACGCCCAGAGAUAUCAGGCCACUUAUGUGGACUACUGCUCGAAUCAAGUCAGCAUUGACUCCACCUUGAAAGAUCUCAGGUUAGGUAAUCGAACUCGGAAAGGCGCAAAAUUCUCAGAGACUGUCAAGCGCAUAGAGAUGCGACCGGCGUGUCAAAACCUAUCUCUGCAUUCCUUCCUGAUGCUACCAAUGCAACGUGUUACGAGAUUACCCUUAUUAGCUGACGCAAUUCUCUCCAAAUUAUCGAUGGGAAGUUCGGAUAGAGCGUCUUGGGAACAAGUUUUAUCCAACCUGAGCAACGUCGUCGCCGAAUGCAACGAAGGUGCUCGGACCGCUGCCCAAGAAGCCGAAAUGGAAGCUUUAGCGAGAAAACUAGAAUACUCUGCGAAAAUUAAACCGAUUCUUCUACGAGGCAAACAAUUGGUUAGAAGGGGAUCAGUCGUGCAGUUGUCGACGAAAACGGACACCGAAUACAAGCUCACGUUCGGCAAGAAAUUCAACAAGACUCCGCUCUAUCUUUUGCUAUUCACUGAUUAUCUUCUAGUCACGAAAUCGAAAUCCAACGCUCAGGACGAGUCUUACACUGUCAUAGACGCUUGCAAGAGGAAUCUCCUGGCUCUGGAACCAGCUUCCGAGGAGUCGCCAUUCGCAGGGCGAAACGCCAUGAUCCUGACCCUCCUGGAGAAUUACUCCGGCCGCCAUGUGGAAUAUAUCUUGACGUGUGAAAAUAACACGGAACGAGAACGAUGGCUGGAAGCAGUUUCGCCGCCCAAGCGUGGGUUAGUUGGCGAGACGCUGUACGAAUCCUGGGAUUGUCCUCAAGUGAUGGCCAAAUAUCCGUAUUCGCCAAAUCAACCGGACGAAUUGUCGUUACAGCCUGGGGACGUGAUAAAUGUAUUGAGGAAGAUGGCAGACGGUUGGUAUCACGGCGAGAAAUUAGUGGGAGGCGUGCAAGGGUGGUUCCCGGCGAAUCAUACGAAAGAGAUCGCGUCGGAACACAUACGCGCGCGGAACCUGAAGCAGCGACACCGUCUUCUAACACUCAGCAGUAGUGUGAUACAGCAAAGGAUGGCGAAACAAAAUCAAGGAACUCAUUGACAUAGUUGAAGUAUUACAGGAGGAGGAGCGUAAUUUGCUCGGACAAUUGUGAUCGUUGUGUUAAGUAACUGAAUACUUAUUUAUGUACGUGUGAUGAUUCUCUCGCGCUAUAUUGCAGUAUUUCAUAGCCGAUUAAACUAUGUGCCAAUGUAAUGUUACUCGUCGCCAAAGUGUGAAGCGGUUUUCUAAAAUUUUUUACGAGAAACGCACGCAGCCAUGGGGGAAAUUAAAGUGAGAGAAAGUAUGUUGCAAUAUGUCACCUGUAUAUUAUAUACAAGUGCACGAAAAGAGGAAGAAGAGGAUGUAACAAAAGUAUGCGUCUGUUUAUUAUUUUUAUACAAAUACAAUACAAAUGUUACUUCUCA